UCGAUGUCCCGCCUGGAGCGGGCACGGGCGCUGCUGAACGACAGCGGCUCGGCGAGCACGGCGGCCACGUCUGGGCCUGCGAGAGAGGUCUCCGGCUCCUUCGACUCGAGCCUCCCGAGGCGCCGCUUCGACGGGGGCGGGGGCGAGACGUCGAGUGGCCUGCCGCACCCGAGCUGGGGCCGCCUGCUCAACGCGGUGUCGCACCACCUCGCGCAGCGGUUCGGCGACGCGCCGGCCUGCGACGGCCGCACUGCCCGCGUGAUGGCGGAGUUCGUCCUCGCCGAUGCGGCCGGCGGCGGCUCACAGAUGGAUCUUCGCCAGUGCUUCCGGGGUGCCCUCGAGGCGAUGGAGCUGAGCGACAAGAGUGCCUGGUUCGUGCUCAUCUCGAAGGGCGAAAGACGGCAUGACCAUGACCUCUCGGCAGACGACGUGAUGCUCACCACCCAGACGUGGCGCUCGCUCGUGGUCACCUCGCUGCGCGCAGCGGCCAGCGAGCUGUGCGACCGCAGCGAGCGCGAACAGGCGAUCGGCAAGCUCCGGGCCGACAGAGCGUUUCAGGUCUUCAAGCUGCGCGACGCCUUCGUGCGGGACCCGUUCAGCCCGCAGAAGAUGGCGGCGCUGUACUUCGACCUGCGCGCGCGCUCGCUGGAGGCCGCUCCGCUCGACGACGACGGCAGCAGCUCGGGGUUGGCCGCUUCCAAGUGCACUCGCGACGCGGUGGCCAAGCGGAGCUCGCACGUCAGGGCCUCGUCGUCGUGCGACCGCAGCAACGAGCGCAGCAAGGCCAGUCUGGCCUUCUUGGAGUCGAGGUGUCGCAGCGGUCUCAACGACGGCUACGCGUCCGAGGUCUCCGUCAUCUCCAUCUGA